CAAAGACUUUCACAAUUACGUAAGUUGUUCGCCGACGGUGCGUCUGUCUCGUAAGCUGUGUACAAGCGUGCCUUUCUAAAACCAUGGAUUCCGCCACCACUGAGAAGAACUGUGUGCUCUGCUGCCAAGACGUCGAUAUAUUCGCUUUUGGGAAGUGUGACCACCCGGUGUGCUACCGCUGCUCCACCAAGAUGAGGGUUCUGUGCGAGCAGAAGUACUGCGCUGUCUGCCGGGAGGAGCUCGACAAGGUGGUGUUUUUGCGGAGUCCUGCUGCGUUUGCAUCCCUUCCUCACCAGAGGUUCCCAUGCGAGAAGAAGCACGACAUCUAUUUUGGUGAUGAGAAGAUUUAUGCUCAAUUCAGACAUCUGCUGUUGCCUCAGUGUCCCCUCUGCUCAGACACCAAGAUUUUCUCUAAGUUUGAAGAGCUUGAGCAACACAUGAGAAAGCAACAUGAGGUGUUCUGUUGUAAACUUUGCUUGAAGCAUCUGAAGAUAUUUUCACACGAGCGGAAGUGGUACAACCGUAAGGAACUUGCCCGUCACAGAGCACAUGGAGACCCAGACGACACAAGUCACAGAGGGCAUCCGCUCUGCAAGUUCUGCGAUGACCGUUACCUUGACAACGAUGAGCUGCUGAAACACUUACGAAGGGACCACUACUUCUGCCAUUUCUGCGAUGCAGAUGGUUCCCAGGAGUACUACAGUGAUUAUCGGUACUUGAGCGAACACUUCAGAGAAAGUCACUAUCUGUGUGAGGAGGGUCGUUGCGCCACUGAACAGUUCACACACGCAUUCCGGACUGAGAUUGACUACAAGGCCCACAAGGCUGCAGCUCACAGCAAGAACAGAGCGGAGGCCCGACAAAAUCGGCACAUUGACCUAGAGUUCACCUUUGCACCCAGACAACAGAGGCGGAAUGAAGGAGAGGAUUACGAUGAUAUGCGUCACAAUCGUGGAGGUAGAGGAAGACCACAGGGGGGACAAAGGAGCUGGAGGUACUCCAGGGAUGAAGAAGACAGGGAGCUGGCAGCUGCGAUGAGGGCGUCCAUGGCAACACGAAGACAAGAGGAGAGGGCAGCCGUGCAGGAGAGAGUUGUUCCAAAACACACCAAAGAGGAGAGAUCUGAGAGAACCGAAGUGGAACCCAAAAACAACAUGGGGCCCAUCAAACCACCAGUGAAGACCAUGAAAAGUAAAAAUCCAGGAGAUGGAGAAGAUGAUUUCCCAGCUUUAGGAGGUGCCAUUGCUGCACUCGGCGUUGCUCCAGCUCCUCCCACUGUGGCACCAGCCCCCAGAGCUCUGAAGGAAGAUGACUUCCCGAGUCUGUUGGCGGUCAACGUCUCCACUCCCAUGACUCCAGCCUACUCUGGCCAGACCAAGAAGUCUUCCUCAUUCCAGGACGAAGACUUCCCAGCACUGGUGUCUAAAAUUCGCCCCCAGAAAAGCACAGCGGGCACAAACUCUGCUUGGGCCAGUCAUGCUGCUCCGGCCAAGCCCACAGCUCAGCCUGCUCCCUCCACCAAACCCCCUCCGCCUUCCACCACCUCUGGGCCCUGUCCUCUUCCUUCAUCAGCAUCCUCAUCCUCACGGAGGAAGAAGAAGGUUGGGGAGAGCACCAAGCCUCCGUCAACAAGGUCCUCCCCCUCUUCAGAUGAAGACGGGGAAGGAAUGACGCAGCAGGAGUUUCGCUCCGUGCCCACCAUGUUGGACAUCUCCUCUCUCCUCACAGUGAAAUCAGCCAACAGCAAGUCCAAAACCACCAAUGCACCAAUCCCACCAUGCCAGAACCCGACCUCAGAUGUUUCUACCUCCAAGACCAGCAAGAAGAAGAAGCAGCAGAAGAGUGCUGCAGGUUCAUCUGCGGUGCCUUCCUCGCAGACAGGAUCGUCCUCAGCAGCGCAUUUGGCCUCUGUUGAAACUGUAGCUCAGAAAGAAAACGUUCCUCAGAAAACAAGAAACAAAUCUAAUGGAGUUGCGCCGGCUUCUCUGACUGGUGGAUUGGCUAACGGCGUCAUGGAGACUUCACAACCCAAAAGUAAAGAGCCACUUCCAGCCCAUCCGACCCCAGACCCGCCUCCUGAACCAGAGGAAGAGUUUCCAGCUCUCAUGACUAAGAAACCACCACCAGGCUUCAAGUCAUCCUUCCCACUCAAAGGUUCGUCUCCAGCUCCCUCCCUGCCUCUGCCUCCACCCGGCCUCUCCACUCCAGCAGCUAAGCCUCCGCCAGGCUUCACAGGGAUCCCCCUCAACAGCAACGUGUCUGACCAGGCUCCCUCAGCUGUCCACCCCCCUCAGAAGGAGUCAGCCAGCGGUUACCUAGUGCCGGAUGACUUCCACCAGAGAAACCUGGAGCUGAUCCGGUCCAUCAGGAAGUACUUGAACAACGACGAGUCCAAGUUCAAUCAGUUCAAGAACUUCUCUGCACAGUUCAGACAGGGUGUCAUCACUGCUGUGCAGUAUCACCGCUGCUGUAAGGACCUGCUUGGCGACGACUUUAACCGCAUCUUCAACGAACUGUUGGUCUUGCUGCCGGACACGAGCAAGCAGCAGGAGCUGCUGUCGGCCCACGGAGACUGCCGGGCUCUGGAGAAACAGUUGGGCACCGGAGGGGGGAAGAGGAACAAGAACAAGAAGAACGUAUGGCAGACGCCUGCCUCUGGGGGCAGCGCUGCCGCUGAGCUGGACUGUCAGGUGUGUCAGGUCUGCAGACAGGUGCUCGCCCUCAAAGACUUCAACUCCCACAAGACCCUGCACAUGCGGGACAAUGACGACUUCCCUUCCUUGCAGUCCAUCAGCCGGAUUAUUAGCUAGCCGCCUGAUGACUGGACCCGAGGGGUGAGUAUCCGUUCAUCGGUCAAGAGAGGCAGGAAAAGAUGCAGAACCAGAACAGGCUCAGCAGCGCCUGAAUUUGACCACUGAGCCAGAGGACGGUCCAAUCACAACUGUUGAAGAUGUGUUUCUCCAGGGCUUUACUUGAAGAGUUUGCUGCUGCUUUGAUCAAAAACAUGCUGAUUUGAUUUAGUCAACUGUUUUAAACAACCUUUCUUUUAUAAUUGAACCAGUAGAGUCUGCGUCAUUAAUCCGAGAUUAUAAUCUGGGCUACACACCUCCAUAUUUAUUUAAGGUUUUUUUUUGUUGUGUUUCUUUCUCGCGGCUGUGGUCUGACGAGUGAACAGAAACGCUGUGUGAUCUCACCUGACUAGGUCCACAAUUUUCUGUUUGAGAGACCGUGUCAAUUCUCUGUCGAAAUUACAAAUAGUUUCAGAAUCUGUGAUUUAAAAUCGAUUUCCUGUUAGAGUUUAUUUGCUGAAUGAGAAAUGAGAUUCCAUACUUGACUUAUUUUGCGGAGGAGGACUUUCUGUCUCAUUUGUCACACAGAUUUCAGAAUGUUAAUUUUUGGGUUGCAACGCUGUAUUGAGGUUAAACAUUUGAAGAGUUUUGCUUGUAGAGUUCAGUUGUACUUUGCAGCAUCGAAACCCAAACGCAAACUUGGUCUGAAAGAUUGAAUGUAAGUGACUCACAGAUUCUUGAACAGACUGAAUAUUUCUGCCCGUCGAGGGAAACCUCCCCGCAUCUCUAAAUUGCACCUUGCUUCAGACCAGGCUCGACUGGUGACCUUCAUGCUGUCACUGGACCUUUCAGUGGCCCAGCCGGUUCUGCUUUUCUUUUAAUUACUUGUGGACCUGAAUGACUUGUACAUCACACAGCAGCUUUCUCUGUUUUCAGUCUGUCCCCAAUAAAGCUUGUCAGAACUGCGUCUGGAUGUGAUGAAGGAAAGGUCUUCAACUCAUUUUGAUUAUUAUUAUUAUUUUUUUUUUUUUAUUGAAGUGACAGUCAGACUGCAGUCCAGAGACAUUCAGAUUAUAGACAGUGACACACAUCUCUGUACACCAUUUUACACUGAAGAGGUAAUGAACACUUCCAAAAGAAGGGAACUGAUGAUGAGGACUCGAAACGCUGCUUGUUUCACCAGUAUGGGGGAGACGAUGGAAACAUCCAUGCACACCAGUGUCACAACACACCACCUUUUAUUGUUUUCGCCAAACAAAACAGUGCGCUCGUUCCAACAAAGAGAGCAUUCUCAUCACUUUAAUAUCAGAAGAACGGGACCCACCACACCACUGACUCCAUUUCACAACCAGUAGCACAGCAAUGAACAUGAGCCAGACAUGAAGAAAUGAGUGGUCUUAUCUGGCAAAACUCUUGGGGCUUCUGACUUGUCUAAAAGUCACUAGUUAAUGGCUUCCUACAUUAGAUCAUGCAUUCAAAUAAGUUCUAGCUUCUCAAUGUAAGCGGUGCACUUCUGCCAAUGAUGUCACGAAUA